GUGAUGCCGGAAGUUUUGAAGGUGCGACUCUAAGCUGGAGUCUACUAGGGGCCCGGGUCGGGUCGGGUCGCAGCAGUUAUGGGGAGUCAAGAAGCCGGUUCGGGAGAAGAGAUUUGUCAGAGAAGACAAUUUGCCAAAGACGCAUAUCAUCAUAAGAGUAAUCCAUUUCACUCCUGGUUUGUGGGACUGCUUGCGUUGUGCCUACUUGUAUUUGUCAUGUUUUUUGCCUUUUCAGACAAUACUCUAGCCUGGUCAGAAAAACUUUCCCUUUAUAGUCAGAACUAUGUUCUUUUCAACCAGAGACCUCAGUUUAAAGCCCCUCCUUAUCAAGUCCACCCAAAACACAAACUCAUAACAAAUGCAUUUCAGAAAAUAACAAAGUUUCCAGCUGUGCAGCCUGGGGGUCUUCAGUACCAUCUAGCCUAUCCACGCAACUACCAGUUUAUUAUAGAUAACACAGAGAUUUGCAAAGACAGUAAUCCUUUCUUGGUUCUGAUGGUGCCGGUUAAGCCAAAAGACAUUGCAGCUCGGAAUGCAAUACGCCAGACAUGGGGUAAAGACAAAGUGGUUCAGAGCAAGGUGGUACUCACUCUCUUCAUGCUGGGUCUUGAAGAAGGAGCUGAUCUAGAGAAUCUCGAAAAUGAAAAUCAGCAGCACCAGGACCUGAUCCAGAGCAACUUCAUUGACACAUAUCUCAACCUUACCAUCAAAACCAUGGUAAUCAUGGACUGGUUGGCCACACACUGCCCUACAGCAGCCUACGCCAUGAAGGUGGACUCCGACAUGUUCUUAAAUAUUGAUAACCUCAUAAUCAUGCUGCAGAAGCCAGGGAUCCCAAAAGUCAAUUAUCUGACAGGAAUGCUGAUGUGGGACAGGCCUGUUGUCCGAUCAAAGGAAUCUAAGUGGUACGUUCCUGAAGAGCUGUACCCCGAUCCCAAGUAUCCCACUUAUACCCUGGGCAUGGGUUAUGUCUUCUCCAAUGAUCUUCCUGCUAAAUUUGUUGAGGUCUCAAAAUCAAUUAAGCCCUUUAAUAUAGAGGAUGCUUAUAUUGGAAUGUGCACAAAAAAGCUUGGACUUUCACCAACUCCUCCGCCAAACCCUUCCCAGUUUAAGGCUUACAAUUCAAGAUAUGAUCGCUGUGAAUUCUCUCAGAUCAUAACAUACAUUCUUGGCUCUUCAGAGCAAUUGAAAAACUAUUGGUCGGACUUUAAGAAGCCAGGACCUCAUUGUUAGAGCUAUUAGCACUACAGAUGCAACAUCAAAUCUCACAGGGUUUAACUUAUUGAUAGAUGUUUAUUGUAUUAGAUCAAGAUUUAGAUUUUUUUUUUUGGGUAAACUGCAGGAAAUUAAUAAUCCUUUAGGUGUUUGUGUAUAAAUUUUACAGACUCAUAAGCGAGGUUGUCCAUUACAGUUCAUCAUACAAAAUUUGAACUUUCACUGGACUACAGUAUUUUCGUAUCGGUAUAAAUGCUUUUUUUGCUUGUUUGGGUUUAAAAAGCUGUGGAUUGCAUGCCAUUUAAACUGGGGGGCUGAACUGCUUUACCUGUCAAUGGAUGAGAAAACAGCUGAAUGGUGUGUCAACAUAAAAAAUGGAACAGUAUGGCUAAACAUUAACUUGAAGUUAAAUCAAGGUAGUACAAUUAGGCUUGAUGGUAAAUAAACUGUGUUCAUUGUAUGGAUUUUAAACAUUCAGCUUGAAUUUUAGAUCAAAAUGUGAAAGUGAUUUUUAUAUUUGAUUUUGUUUUCCUUUCAUCUGGAUUUCUCCUAAGCCAUUCAAAAACGUGUACAUCUGCUGCAGGACAAACCUUUACCUCUGUCUCAAGUCUUUUGCUUGCUGUAUUGCCCAGAAAUCAGGUGUAUCUUUACCUAUUUUUUUUAUAUAUAAUCAUUUAUUCAUUUAUUGUAACCCCUGGGCCAUCUUUAAAUUACACUAAUGAUUUGUAGAUUUCAAUAAUAAUGGUCAUAUGAAACUGUGUGUAAUUGGACCUUAAUUUGACUGGUUGUUGGUUGGAUGAAUGUAAUUAACUAAAUGGAUGUUUUCAAAUAAUUGAUAUUUCUGGGUUUGAUAUUACUGGAUAUGUUUGGGUAACGUUUACUUAGUAAGAUCAGAUUUGUUGUAAUUUAGUAAAUUAACGUGAAAUAAGCAUUUUUGUCUUCUAAUAUGACUGAUCCAAAAACAAAUAAAAGAACAUAAGUAAAAA